CGGCCAUUCGAAGGACGAUUCCAAUUUCAUGCACCAACAUGACGAGCCGACGAUCCGUCACAUUUUCCAUUUAGGCAGUCGCUUUCUGUUUCUUUUUCUCUGCUGAACUACAUCGUUCUUCCCAUCUAAGCUGCAGCAUUCCAUCAGUUUUUUAGGGCAUCGUCUCUUAGAAUACCCCGUCCUUCGCUCGAGGAUCUAAGGAAUGGCGAGAGGAUUGCUUGGCAAGCUCGUUUCUCGGUCUCUCUCUGUUGCCGGGAAAUGGCAGCAACAGCAGCUCCGGCGUCUCAACAUCCACGAAUAUCAGGGGGCCGAAUUGAUGAGCAAGUAUGGGAUCAAUGUGCCAAGGGGUGUUGCUGUUUCUUCUGUUGAAGAAGUUAAAAAGGCGAUUCAGGAUGCAUUUCCUAAGGAGAACGAGUUGGUGGUUAAAAGCCAAAUCCUUGCUGGUGGACGAGGCUUAGGAACCUUCAAGAGUGGUCUUAAGGGUGGAGUUCAUAUCGUUAAGACUGAUCAAGUUGAAGAAAUUUCUGGAAAGAUGCUUGGGCAGAUACUUGUCACCAAACAAACUGGACCACAAGGGAAAAUUGCGAGCAAGGUUUACUUGUGUGAAAAGUUGUCACUUGUCAAUGAGAUGUACUUUGCCAUCACUCUGGACCGUAAAUCUGCUGGACCACUCAUAAUUGCCUGUAGGAAGGGAGGAACCAGUAUUGAAGAUCUUGCAGAGAAAUUCCCUGACAUGAUUCUUAAGGUGCCUAUUGAUGUUUUUAAAGGAAUCACAGAUGAAGAUGCUGCUAAAGUUGUAGAUGGUUUGGCUACUAAAGUGGCAGAUAGAAAUGCAUCAAUAGAACAAGUGAAAAAGCUCUACAAACUUUUCUGUGAGUGUGACUGCACAUUGUUGGAGAUCAAUCCCAUUGCGGAAACAUCUGAUAACCAAUUGGUGGCUGCUGAUGCAAAGUUGAACUUUGAUGAUAAUGCUGCUUACCGCCAGAAGGAGAUAUUUUCUCUCCGUGAUUCAUCCCAGGAGGACCCUCGGGAGGUUGCUGCAUCUAAAGCAGGUCUGAAUUAUAUUGGUUUAGAUGGGGAAAUUGGUUGUAUGGUGAAUGGUGCAGGAUUAGCAAUGGCUACAAUGGAUAUAAUUAAAUUGCAUGGUGGAACACCUGCCAAUUUCUUAGAUGUUGGUGGGAAUGCCUCAGAAGGCCAGGUGGUGGAAGCAUUUAAGAUAUUAACAUCUGAUGAGAAAGUGAAAGCAAUCUUGGUUAACAUUUUUGGAGGAAUCAUGAAAUGUGAUGUAAUAGCAAGUGGAAUUGUCAAUGCUGCUAAACAGGUUGCUCUAAAAGUACCAGUGGUCGUUCGUCUUGAAGGCACAAAUGUGGACCAGGGGAAGAGAAUUCUGAAGGAGAGUGGGAUGACAUUGAUUACUGCGGAAGAUCUAGAUGAUGCAGCUGAGAAAGCAGUUAAAGCAGCCGCAAGUUAACUUCAAUCCACAUAUUGUAGCAUACACUUGAUUCUUUUCUUGUAAAUGUAAUUUCAUGUAUGGGUGAGUGAACAUACGAAUUUGGGUUUGGGCAAAAGGGAAGAGUGGUAAGAAGAUUCAACGGAGGUUCCAAUGGAGGUUCAAGUAAGAGAUCUUGAAUAGUGCUGUGGCAAACACGGACAAAUUGUCAAAUUAAUGAAUCAUUGUGUUCACCCCCUCCCCCCUGCGGGAAUUUCAGAGUAUCAAUACAUACGAUACUCAAUUGCAUAUUGUACGA